UGGAUAGUAACGGGAAAAAGGCACACAACACAAAAAAACCUCGAACGUUUACGUACAAUCUUGCACUGACUAAAUUCUAAUUAGUAGCUAGAUCACCUGACGUGAGUUCACUAUAAGAAGAACUUCCUGAAAUCGAUCGAUAUUUUGUUAUUCCCCCUCGAAUAUUUUCCACCGUUAUAUAACAGAGAUGUGAAGUAGGGCAUUAGGAUUAGGGCCCAGUCCUUUAUUGAUUUACUUUGACUCGCAGUUAUACAUAAAAACCUUGCUUUGGUGAAAGCCACCCGUACUUGCGCUUAAGAUGUUCGUUCGGUCUACUGCUGUUUGACGAAAGGGUUUGGAAACCACAGUUGCAGAAUGGCGCGUUUUUCCUGCUUCUAUUUGGCUGUUGUCGUCUGUUUGUGCGUCUUUCUGGUGCCGUGCUGUGCUGUAGAAAUUUCUGCUGAAAUAAGUAACACUGCACCACAGGCACGCACCAAAGCCGACAAUGUUUCCAUUAUACUCAGCAGUCUAUUAGAAGGUUACGACAAAAGGAUACGUCCAAAUUAUGGAGGAGACCCUCUACCGGUUAAUAUCAGCAUGUAUGUCUACAGUAUGGGACCUGUAUCGGAAGCCCAGAUGCAAUACACCAUGGACCUGUACUUCCGUCAGCUGUGGACUGAUGAGAGGCUGAAAUUCCCAGGCGACAUCGUCGACGAGCUCUCUCUGAACUCAGAGAUGGUGGAUAAACUCUGGGUACCAGACACGUACUUUGUCAAUGAGAAAUCGGCCAAGUUUCAUGACGUCAUCUAUAAGAAUACUCUGAUCAGAAUCAGGCAGAAUGGGGAUAUAUUGUACAGCACCAGGUUAACUGUCACGGCAAGUUGUCCCAUGAACCUUGCAUUCUUCCCUAUGGAUCAACAACGCUGUUCGCUCAAAAUGGAAAGCUAUGCUUACAGCGACAAGAAUGUUCAUUAUUAUUGGAUGCCGAAUUCACCAAUCAACGUUGACCCCGCCGUGACCCUUCCACAGUUUCAGUUCCUAGGCAACAGCCAUCGCAUCAAUCUGGAAGUGUAUUACGUUGGUAACUACUCCCAGCUGAUUGCCGAUUUCUACCUGGGUCGCGAGAUCUCCUACUACCUGAUUCAAACCUACAUGCCGUCCACGCUGAUCGUCAUCGUCUCCUGGGUGUCCUUCUGGAUUCCACGGUCUUCGACUCCGGCCCGUACCGCUCUGGGGAUCACCACCGUACUCACCAUGACUACACUCAUGGGCAAUGCCGGGUCAUCGCUCCCAAAGCUCUCAUACGUAAAGGCAAUUGAUAUUUUCUUGGGGAUGUGCUACUUCUUUGUCUUCGCUGCCCUGCUGGAGUUUGCUCUGGUAAGUUACUACGAGAAGCCAAGAUUUAAGGAGGCGAGGAGGAAACUUAAAGAAUCCAGGGAGAUUGGGAACCAUUCAACGGUAUCGAAGAGCACUGGGUCACCAUGUAGCGUCUACAGCGUGGACAAGAAACACAAUGAAAUUGAGAUAACCUUCGUCAACGAGGAUGCCGUCAAAUCAUCCAGCUAUUCGAGCUCGGACAUGAACCGGGGUGCAGCGAGACGCUCCUCGUACAUUCGCGCCGCAGAACGCGGCUCACCCCAGGCCAAGCCCAUGAGGCGACUCCCGCAGAGGGAGACCCACAACAACAUGAGUAAAUGUGAGGAGAUAUGCGGACCAAGCUGUGCUUCCUUUGGAGAAAUCGGCAUCGACCCAGGGGCGGUGGACCAGAGGUCAAGGAAAGCAUUCCCGUUUGUGUUCCUGGUGUUAAACAUUGCGUACUGGGGCUAUUAUAUAACGGUGACCAGCGGUGGUGUCGAUGAUUUAAUUGCAGAGGUUAUGAAUCAAUCUUAACGUUACGUUUUAUUUUGUAGACGAUUUUGAUUUCUAUUGGUACUAUAAUAACAAUUCGAAAAACAGACUUGCAUAAGGUGAUAAGGUAAGCUUAAUUUGAAACUGCACGGAGAAAAUGUUUGCCGCAUAUGUUAAAAAGUUAACUAUGGCCAGACGAGUGUAAGACACUGUUCUAAACGAUUUCGAGUUCUAUUGGUACUUAUAACAGUUUGUAGAACAAAACUGCAUCGGUUGAUUGUUUUUUUUUUAACGCUACAUACGGAGUGUGGACCUGAACAAAAGAGGUCCACAUGAUAAAGGGACAUUAUGCUGACUGACACGUCCACACAGUGUUAUUUACCGUAUUUAACACAAACAAACAAGGACUUAUACAGACAAUCUCCUUACCCACGCACUAUCCCCCAAUGGAACAAAUUACCACCAGAAGCCAAAAUGGCCCCAGAUAUCACGGCGUUUAAGACCAUGCUAAAAAAGUGCAAAAUUCUAGAACAACACAUGGCCGUAGUUUACUUUUUAUCGCAGGCAGCAAAUAUGCAGUUUCAAAUUAAACUUACCUAAUCAAUAAAUGUUACAUCGAUAAGUGAACAAUUUUUCUAGAAUAGGAAAACAAAAAGUGAAAAACAAGCUUUAAAUUAUCCAUUUUGUGCGAAGACAAGCUAUUCGUCAAAGUGUAAUGAAUCGACCCAAACGCUUCGUACAGAAUCUACCUAUUAUAACAUGCAUUGUAUAUUAAUACAAUAAAUAUAAAGGUUACAAACAAAAUGCAAUUGAUAUCAACGCCGCAAUCGUAAUUGCAGAUGAAACAAAAUAAAAUAACUUAUUGAGCAAUCGAACUAGUUGAGAAGAUAUUCAAUAAAAUAUAUGUAAAUUCUUGUUAUUUGCAUCAAAACACUCCCUGGACAGACCUGCCAACAACAACUAUAAGUUCCAUGACAUUGGAACUAUAUUUUAGUCAGUCUGAAUCCAACUUCAAAUGUUUCACCUUCUUUAUUUUACCUAGAAGUUUGUCUGACCUUUCCUUUUUUUUUUUUUUUUUUUUUUUUUUAGGGGGGGUGCUUAAUUUUGUAUUGUUUCAUAACCUUAACUCUACCUCGAUUUUUGUUUACACAUAAUUUGUUUUUUUAUAAACCAAAGAAUAUUGGAAGUGCUGUAAAUACAAUUUCGAACAACUUAGAUAGUUUGCUGGUAAAGUCUUCAAUUUGAAAUAUGUACAAUGAUUGUUUUAAUUUUUUGUGUAAGUAAUAAAUGUUGCAUACAUUUAAUAAAAAAUGAUACAUAAGACAACCUA